ACAGCGAAACACUAGUACCGUCUUCUUGUCUGCUUCCACCUUCCAAAAUGGCGACUUGGCUCCCCCGAACUUCUGGCAUUUUAUCCAGAUUUGCAACUAAAUCACAAGUGGGACAUCAUGCAGCAAGACGGCUGAGAUCAACACAGACUGCUUCACAGACCCUCGUCAAUGUACCAGAAACAAGAGUGACAACACUCAACAAUGGGUUCCGUGUAGCCAGUGAAGACUCUGGAAUCCCUACAGCCACAGUGGGUUUAUGGAUUGACGCUGGAAGCAGAUAUGAGAAUGAGAAGAACAAUGGAGUUGCACACUAUCUUGAGCACAUGGCAUUCAAGGGUACAUCAAACAGGACACAAAUGGAAUUGGAGUUGGAGAUAGAAAACAUGGGUGCUCAUCUAAAUGCAUACACAUCAAGGGAACAGACAGUAUAUUAUGCCAAAUGCUUCGAGUCGGAUGUCCCAAAAGCUGUUGAAAUCCUUGCUGAUAUCAUUCAGAACAGCACACUCGGAGAGGCUGAAAUAGAGCGGGAGAGGGGUGUCAUCCUCAGAGAAAUGCAGGAAGUAGAAACCAAUCUUCAAGAAGUGAUCUUUGAUCAUCUGCACGCUACAGCUUACCAAGGAACUCCUCUUGGUAGAACUAUCCUAGGACCCACUGAAAACAUCAGGUCUAUCAAUCGGGAUGAUCUUCAGAAUUAUAUAUCUACUCACUACAAGGGACCUCGCAUUGUGCUAUCUGGAGCUGGUGGUGUCAACCAUGAUGAAUUGGUCCAACUUGCCCAAAAGCACUUUGGCAACCUGGGAACUGAAUAUGAGAAUGAGAUUCCAGCUCUAACCCCAUGCAGAUUCACUGGCAGUGGUAUCACAGUCCGUGAUGACAAGAUGCCACUGGCUCACAUUGCUUUGUGUGUUGAAGGAGUUGGCUGGGCCCAUCCCGAUAACAUCCCUCUCAUGGUUGCCAACACUUUGAUUGGAAGCUGGGAUCGUUCAUUUGGAGGAGGAGCAAACACAUCAAGUCGACUGGCUAGAGUUGCAUUCGAAGAUAACUUAUGCCAUUCCUUCCAGGCCUUCAAUACCUGCUACACAGAUACAGGGCUAUGGGGAGUGUACAUGGUGAGUGAUCCUCUUAGUGUUGAAGACAUGGUAUACCAUGUCCAGAACCAGUGGAUGUACCUGUGCACCAGUGUGACCGAGAGUGAGGUAGCCCGUGCCAAGAAUCUCCUCAGGACCAACAUGCUACUUCAAUUGGAUGGGUCGACCCCAAUCUGUGAAGAUAUUGGCCGUCAGAUGUUGUGCUACGGGCGUCGUAUUCCUCUGCCUGAGCUUGAAGCAAGGAUUGAUAGCAUCAGUGCCAAGACUAUCCGUGAUGUAUGUACACGAUACAUCUAUGACAAAUGCCCUGCUGUUGCCGGAGUUGGCCCAGUUGAACAGCUCCCAGACUACAACAGAAUACGUGCUAGCAUGUACUGGAUCAGACUCUAACCGCAGUUCUUGAAGGAGAUUUAUUUAAAUAAUGAAUGUUAGGAGAGAAUUUAUUUGUGCAAGAGCUUUAUAGGGCAGCGUUUGCUGUCUGUGUUUGAUGUAAAAGGACAAUUAAUGAGGCAUCCUAUCAUUCUUAUUCUCAAUUGCAGAAAAUGAACGAGAUACACCGAAAGAACAGAAUUGAAAGAUGACAUUAUGCAUCUUCUUUGAAACGGAUGUAUGGUCAAUUCUGACAUCAGGUGUUUUUCAGAUAUGAAUAAUGUUUUAAUAGAAAUGUAUUUAUGAAGUUUAUUCAUCUUUGUGUGUUUUACAAAACAUGAUAUCUGAAUUGAAGUUGGCCUCCAGUUUCAAAGGUAAAAAUAAAUUCAAAAUAAACAUUUGACCUGAGUAAUAAAUCUUACCACUUAAUGCCUUGGGUGGUUCAAAUUACCCAUGAAGGAAUGCAUAUAGCACCCUUGUGAAUUUCUUUGAAUAAAAAAAAUAAAAUAUCAUACAGGGGUGUGAGAGUUCAGAUUUUUAGCUGAUUUCAGAGGGGGGUUUUCCAGCUUAAUUUCAGCUUAUUUUUGGCUUUCCUCUGUAAAAAAAAGGUAUGAGAGCUCUUUCUAUUACAGACUCUAUCACCACUCUUCAGCUUUUUUCAGAUCUUAUUAAUUGUGACCACUCACACUCCUGAUCAUAUCACCCCUAAAGCUGUAUGAGCAACUUCUCUGAAAAUAAUCCAAACCACUUGUCAGAGGGAAUGAUAAACUGUGUAGUGAUAAUGUCAGUACCACUAUGUCAUGGAGAUGAAAUAAACUGGCAACAUUUUGUGUUGUAUAAAACUGUA